AUGGCGUCCACUUCCGAACCACCCACAGAGGAGCCCUUCCAAAUCCUCGUCUUUAGCAAGACAUCAGGGUUCCGCCACGACUCCAUCCCUGCCGCAGUCUCAGCCCUGAAAUCCCUCGGCACUCGGACGGGCCUCUUCACCGUCGACGCCAGCGAGGACGCCGAGACCACUAUCACCCUGCCCUCCCUCGCGACCUAUGCCGCCGUCGUUUUCCUCCACUGCACGGGUAAUUUUCUCGACACAGCUCAGCUUGGCGCGUUGAGGGGCUACGUGCAGUCCGGUGGCGGCUUCGUUGGUGUGCAUGCCGCCGCGUCCGGCUUGCGGGAGGACGAAUGGUACGGGGAGCUCGUCGGCGCCCAUUUCGACCAACAUCCACCGCCCGAGAAGGGCGUGUGCAUAGUUGAGGACCCGGAGCAUUUCAUCACAAUGCGGGACGAUGGUCACGGAAGGAAUACGGUGGAUGAGGCCGACCAGACUCGGAAACAGUGGACUGAUGAGUGGUACAACUUCUUGUCGCACCCCAGGGACAACAAGAAUCUCCAUAUCCUGGCUCGGGGCGACCCGUCCACCUUUGAGGGCGGUGCCAUGGGGGAUGAUCACCCGCUUGCAUGGUGCCAGGAGUUUGAUGGCGGCCGCUCGUUUUACAUGGGCCUGGGUCACUACAACGAGGCCUAUAAGGAUGGGUGGUUCAUGGACCAAAUUCUCAGAGCGAUUGUCUGGACUGCUCGUCGGGACAACGUCGUGUGCCCCCAGUUGCUGCAGUCCUCGCCGUCUCAAUAA